AUGGCGGCGGAAGCGGCGGCGACGGCGGCGGCGGCAGCAGCCUCAACAGCAGCAGCGCCCCCUCCCUCCGCGCGAGCGCCUCGGGCCCCGCCCCCUCGCUCGCGCGCCUUGGCCACGCCCACUCCCCCUACCUCCUGGCCUGGGCUCGGCCACGCCCACUCCCCCUACCUCCUGGCCUGGUUUGAGCCAAACAGCUUUCUUCAGGCCGGCCCAAGGACCUGGCAAAGUACUGCUGUGAUCCAGGAUGCUCAGCUUGCUCCAGAGAAGCCCAGAGCGAUCUUCCGUACCAACGAGAGCGAUCCAGCCAAUCAUAUGGAAGAGCAUGUGGGCCAUUACUACAGCAUCCCUCCCCAGGAGGUGAAGGUGAUAUUCCCGCAUGGACUGCCAGCGCGCUUCCAGUUACAGAUGAAAACCUUCAACGAAGCGUGUUUCAUGGUGAGGAAACCGGGUGUCGAACUCCUCAGCUAUUUAAAACACACCAACUUUGCUCACCCCGCCAUCCGAUACGUCAUCUAUGGUGAAAAGGGCACGGGGAAGACCAUGACCCUUUGCCACGCUGUCCAUUACUGUGCAAAGCAGAACUGGCUGAUCCUACACAUUCCUGAUGCUCACCGCUGGGUGAAGAAUUGCCAGGAGCUGCUGCCAUCUUCCUACAACAAGGAGCGCUUCGACCAACCGCUGGAAGCCUCAACUUGGCUGAAGAAUUUCGCGAUUACCAACGAGCGAUUCUUGAAGGAGAUCAAGACGCAGCAGAAGUACACAUGGAGCAAGCGGGAGAGCACCGAGGAGGGCAGCCCCCUGAUAACCAUAGUGGAGCAGGGUCUGAAUCGUGUCAAGAACGCCAGCGACGUCGUGGGGGUGGUUUUGAAGGAGCUGAAGCAACAGUGCCCUUCAGGGGCCUUCAAGCUCCUGGUGGCCGUGGAUGGAGUCAACUCCCUUUGGGGAAGAACGACGCUGAUGAAAGAAGACAGGAGUGUGGUCUCCCCAGAGGAGUUGACGCUGAUCCACAACCUGAGGAAGAUGAUGACGAACGACUGGACUGGAGGUGCCAUCGUGACGACCCUCAGCCAGACGGGGGCUCCCUACCAACCCCGCAGAGCAUACCUGCCCAGCGAAUUGCUAGGAAAGGAGGGUUUCGAAACCCUGGACCCCUUUGUUCCCAUCCAAGCUCAUGACUACACUGACCUGGAGUUUGAGAGCUGCUACCAGUACUACCUGGAGCGCAAGUGGCUUCAGCACGAAAAAGCCAGCACCAAUGAGGGCCGGAUGGAGUUUCGCUUUCUCAGCGGAGGCAAUCCUGGAGAGGUUGACCGAAUCAGCGCUUUCUUAUGACGGAUUAUUUGUACCCUUGACGUCAUAGCCCCAAAGACCUCCCUUCUGUCUAAUUAAAUAUAUAUGUGUGUUUC